AUGAACAUUGGUGGGGGUUAUCAAAGUGAAGAUGUAAUGGCCGUCUUGCUGAAAAAUGCUGACAUGCAUCUUGGUUAUCUUAAGUCUCUUCUUCUCUUAAAAUUACCCCGACGUUUGGAGUUUGUAGAAUUUUUGGAGUCAAUAAAGUUGAAGUUGUUCCUCUUGCUUAGAGUCUUAAGAUUUGAUGGUUUUGACCUACGAGAGAGCAAAUUUGUUGGCGAAGUUGGGAAAUUGACAUCUCUGCGAUACCUAAGCUUCAGAGAUUGUCGCCUAAACAACCUGCCAUUAAGUCUUGGUGAGUUGUUGUACUUGCAAACACUUGAUUUGCGGGUAGUAAUAGAUCGGAUGGUUACCACACCAAACAUCAUCUGGAAGUUAAAAAGGUUGCGGCAUCUUUAUUUGCCUUCCAAAUUUAAUGCUCGAGAGGAUGAUAAGUUGCGUCUGGAUAGUUUGGUGAACUUGGAGACGCUUGAAAACUUUGAUACCAGUGCAUGCAGCACAACCGAUCUUCUCUUCUUGACGAGUCUUCGAAGCCUAACAGCAUCUGUUAAAGGGAAUGCUAAGUCCCUGCAAGGCAUCAUCAAACGCAUACAUAUGAACCAGAAUUGCUUAUGCCAAACCUCUAUUCGAGUAAGAUGUUUCGACGCAUUUACUGUAGAAGAAAGGGAUUUGUCAAUGAGCCAGCUACUUGAUUGUCCCUCCCUUCAUACUUUGCAGAUCAAGGGAUGCAUGAGCAUACUACCACAUAUAAUCUGUUACAGUCUCACUCGCAUAGUUCUAAGCCGUUCUACACUUGUCAAUGGUCCUAUGGCAACUCUGGGGAGGUUUCCAAAUUUAUGGGACCUUGUUCUGGAAGACAGAGCUUUUCUGGGGAAACGGUUGACUUUUGCAUCAGGGGGAUUUGGUCAACUCAGACAUCUUACACUCUCAAAUUUGCCAAAGUUGGAGUUCUUGAUUGAAGAAGAAGGAUCAAUGCCCAAUCUUUGUACCUUGCAGGUCGAAGGAUGUAACAACCUUAAAGAGCUUCCAAUCAGACUUCAGGAAUUGUAG